UCCCCGCCCCUCGCUCUGCGCCUCCACCCCGACUGCGGGCUGAGCUGUCCGCCGCAGCGCCGGGUCCGUGUGCAGACCGCCUGUGGGAGGCACUCCUACCCCAGCCACAGCCUUGCCCAGCAGCAUGUCGGCGCUCGAGUGGUACGCCCACAAGUCGCUGGGUGAUGGCAUCUUCUGGAUUCAAGAACGAUUCUACGAGUCGGGCAACCGCGCCAACAUCUGGCUGGUGCGCGGCUCGGAGCAGGACGUGGUGAUCGACACGGGCCUCGGGCUUCGCAGCCUCCCAGAGUAUCUCUACUCCUCCGGCCUCCUGCAGGACUGCGGGGUUAAAGAGGAUGCGGGGCGCCGGCCGUUGCUGGCCGUGGCCACCCACGUACACUUCGAUCACUCUGGCGGUCUCUACCAGUUCGACCAGGUGGCCGUGCACCACGCCGAGGCCGAGGCCCUCGCUCGCGGGGACAACUUUGAGACCGUGACCUGGCUCUCCGACAGCGAGGUGGUGCGGGCGCCCAGCCCGGGCUGGAGGGCCAGGCAGUUCCGAGUGCAGGCGGUGCAACCUACCCUUAUCCUGCAGGAUGGGGAUGUGAUCAACCUUGGUGACAGACAGCUCACUGUGAUGCACAUGCCAGGUCACUCCAGAGGCAGUAUUUGCUUACAUGACAGAGACCGAAAGAUUCUCUUCAGUGGAGAUGUCGUGUAUGAUGGAUCACUGAUUGACUGGCUCCCAUACAGCAGGAUAAGUGACUAUGUUGGAACUUGUGAACGUCUUAUAGAAUUAGUGGACAGAGGUCUUGUGGAGAAGGUGCUUCCUGGGCACUUUAAUACCUUUGGUGCUGAAAGGCUUUUUCUCUUAGCUUCUAAUUAUAUUUCAAAAGCCGGGAUAUGCCACAAAGUGUCUACUUUUGCCAUGCGAUCUCUUGCAAGUUUAGCCCUCCGUAUAACAAAUUCUAGGACCUCACCGUAGUGUCUCUACUGGUCUUCUAUUUGCAUUAACUAUAUCAGUUAACCCAGUUCAUUUGUGUUGUUUAAAAUGGUUACUAGUGAGCAUUUCAAAAAGUGCUUCUAUAUAAUGUAUAUUAGAGAAAAAGAUUGAGAAUGAGUAAGCCAAAAAAAAAGCAAAAAUCUUAGCUUAAUAUUUGUUCUCUUUCACCCAAGUGAGAAACCAUUUUAAAAAUGUUAUGAUUUGCCAAAACUGUCAUUUUAUAAUAUUUGCUCUGGAAAUGCCUGGGAGUGGUCUGUAGAGGUAAGGAAGCAUUUCAUAGCAAGAGAAAGAACUGUCUGUGCCCAUGUUUUUCUUCUUUUCCUUAUUUCUUAGAAUACCUAAGGGGAAAAGCAUAUGGCGUUUUAUGCUUAUAUUUCAAACUAGAUUCAAAAAUAAAGUUUUUGGGUUCAAAAAUAAAAUAGAAGUCAAUACAAACUAGCAUUUAGAAUGACAGCUAAAAUAUCCCAGUUAAAACUGCCUCUUUACUUAUGUUAUUUACUUUUUUAUGUAAUUAUAGCUCAUGUUACAUGCUGUAUAAUUUAACUUAUGAAAAGUACAGUGAAUUUUGUUUUAUUGCAAAGCUUUAAAUAUAAAUUGCACAGUGCAUCAGUAAAAAGCUACUACUUGUUAUUAUGUAAGUAAUAUUUUUAGUUAUAAAAGUAAAAUUCAAAUGUAUGUACUCUACAAAUUGUCAGAUUUCUUAAAAGGACACUGUCAGGAAAAUUCGAAAAUAUACACAUCGAGAAUAAUUUUUUAUUAUAUCGUAUUUUAAUAUUAAUAGCGAUCCUAAACAAAAUUUUCUUGAUAAAUAACAACUUCAGUAUUAUGUCAUGGUUUAUAGUAUCAAAAUGACUGAUAUUCUGUGACAUCUUGAUACGAACCAUUCUUUUGAUUAAGAUAACGUGUACGUACCACAGAAGGAGUCUUAAAUUACUUGCAAGUGUGCAUUUAGAUAUCGACCUAGAGUGAACUGCCUUUUUAUCCUGAUUCACAACACCUAUUCCUGUUCAGUAUUCUUUGUCUUGGAUAAAAACAAGUCUACAUUCACAAGUCAUAGGAAACAUUAAACCACUAUUUAGUAAUAUUUAGUAAAAUGGUUCAGUUUGGUGCUUUUAAUAAUAAUUUAUUAAACCUUUUAGAAUAUUUCAUAAGAGUUUUUAAAACAGCUUUUCCACUGCCUUUUUAUUAUUGACAUUCUAAAACCACACUGAUAUAGCUUUGGAGAUCAGAUCAUUUAAUAUUAGGAAGGUGCAGCAAUUUUUAUUUCUGUCAAGUCGUGUAACUUUUUUUACCCUGAAAACACCCAAGUUAUUUAUAUUUUAUUUAUUCAGCAAACACACGCAUGCACAUAUGUACAUGCACACAUGCACGUGCACACACACACACAUGCACACACAUCCCAUGUGCAUAUUCAUGCAGUAAUAUUCAUAGACACACAGCACUGUGCUAACCACUGUGGGAGGUUUGAAGAGUUGAGGACAACAUGAUAGCAGGAAGUUAAAGGCACAUAAAACCUGAUUAAUAAUAAUAUAUGCAAGUUGAAGUUAAUAUAAAUUGUGCUUCAAUAGAAGUUACAUUAAUGUAGGGGUAUGAAGUUGGAUGAGGAAAAAUUCUCUGGAAAAGGAGAUUUUUGAGUCAGAUUUGGAAGGAGGAUUUGUUAGGUCAUUAAGCUAGGAAGUAAAAAUGAUCUGAGAAUAGGAAUUCAAGAGUUGCUAUAUAGAGUAGCCUAUUUCUUGUGACCAUAUAAAUUUAAUUUUCAGGAAUCCCAUUUCUUCCAAGCACCAUAUUUAGCAUGAGAAAGAUAGGUUUGUUAUUGCAAAUGUGAUUCAUUCUUAAAGACAGAUGAACUGAGCUACCACAUGGCACCAAAUGAACCUUAGAGUCAGAGAGGAGCCCAUGACUGGUGAUAGGGAAUAUCAUGAGUGUUCUGUGAUGGCUCUGUAAGACAGUUGGUUUGUUUCAAUUGAUGAUACAGCACUAAGAAUAUAGAUUGGUUCAGGACAACCACAAUCACUUAAUAAGCCUUAAAUAUAGCCAUUAUUUUUAUAUUAGCAGCACAAAAUAAAACCAAAAGUCCUUAAUUAACCAUUGACCAUUUUGUCAUAUUUUAGUAUUUAUUUUAAAAUCAGGGUAUAGUAGGCACUAAGUUUUAUUAAGAAGUAUUUGUUCUUUCUUGCUGAAGGAUUUCCUUGUUUAUUAAAGGUGCAAUUUUUAUGUAUAAAUUGAAUUUCUAUUGUUGCUUUCCUAAUUUUUUCAGUUUUCCUAAUUAUAAUGCAGUAGAAGAUUGUGAUAGUUUACUGUUGCUACCAUAUGAAUAAGAUGGAAGUGAAUCGAAAAAAUAUUUAUGAUAAAUUUUAAAUAGCAUUUAAAAUUUUAAUACUAGUUCUACUGACAAGAGACAAUUGACCAGCCUCAUACAACGUGGACUAGGAACAAAGCUGGUAAUUGAACACAGGUCUGUCUGCUCCCAAACUGUGCUGUUUCUCUUAAACCUGCACAAUACAUAAAAUUGGCCAAGUGUGUUUUUACUUUCUAAGAUGCCAUGCAUGCCAAGAGUAAAUUAAAUAAUAUCAAACCAUAAUAACAUUUUAAAAAACUUAAAAAAAUAUAUAUUUUCACCCUGACAGUGACCCUUGUUGUAAUUUAUGGUUUUGGGAAAUAAGACUGUAAAUGUAACCCAAAGUUGUCAGAAUGUAAAACAUUUGAAUAUAAUUUUUAUAAUUUAUAUUGCUAGUAAUGAACUGUUGGACCUUCAUUUUCCUUAUUUAAUGUCUCCUUUUAACUGAGAAGUUUAAAACAAAUAAAGCCUUGUGUGUUAUG